GCAACAAAUAUCACAGGCUGAGCUGUGUUCAUGUUCUUAUCACAAGGCCAUAUUUUCUUCUGAUUUAGGCCAUCAAGACAGAAAAUAAGAUGUACAAACUCGAUUUACCCGUCGACUAUAAAGAGGCGGCUGCCAUUGAGCGCCGCCGGAACAUGGAAAGUCAACGAAAAAGCAGGAUUUUCAAUGCAAAAACGAGGAUCAUUGGGGUUGACCUUGACGCAAUUGAUCAACAAAAGAAAGAUAAACAACAAAUGGAAGAAUAUGAGCGUCGAAGACAUGAAGCAUUUGCCCAUGACUUGAUCCGUGCUGACCAGAUUGCUGAACUUUUGGAGAAAAGACAGCAACAUGAUGUCUCACAAUUAAACAUGGCAUUAAAUGAAUUCAGAGCACUUCAUCAGCAACCUAACAGUCGCAGGGAAUGGGAUCUUUACGAUCCAGAUUAUUUGAAAAAAGAUAAACCAGCGCGUGUCCAUGACGACGAUCCACGAUGCGGCAUCUCGAGUAUGCAGAAAUUUGAUGGGGAGGAUCUCAACCAGAAGGCUCGGUCAAAAUUCAUGGGAGAGCAGCACAGGGAAUGGGCUGAGCAGCAAGCGCGGGAAAAGGAGGCAGCACGAAUGCGACAAAAGGAAGCGGACCGACUCUAUGAACUUAAAAUGCGUGAGCUGGAUGAGAGAGCCAUGGACCUACAGCGGGCUGAAGAACAGUGCAGGAAGGCUAUGGAUUGCGCCCAGGCUGAUUACAACAAUGCUUUGGCAAGAGAAAAUGCAGAGAAACAACGCCUUCACAAACAACAACAGGAGGAUGACAACGCGACAGAAAUCGCCAAUCAUGUUUUUGGCGACAUCUUGACAGAGAAUCCUGCGGUUGCCCAGAGCGCGUUUGGUGCGCACCGCGUGAUCACAGACAGAUGGAAAGGAAUGAACCCACAACAGCUGGAAGAUAUCAAACAGACCCAGUUGAAUCAAAUGAAAGAAAACGCGCGUUUGAAGCAAGAAGAGGCCCUCCGUGACAAGGAAUGGGAGGACCAGAGAAUCGCACACGCCAGGGCAGCGCUACUUCUCGAACGAGAGAAGGAACGAGCGGCAAGGGAACUCAACAAACAAUUUGUUGACGACAACCAACGACUCGGAGCAGAACAGGAGUCGCAUAAAGAAUUCCUUGACAAGGAAGUUUACACAAAUCCUCCGACCGCCGCUUACUUUAUGCAAUUUAACACAACUACUCGAUAAAGUGACAUUCACCUUCAUAAAACUGAUUGUUAUCUUACGAUCGAAACCAAAGACUUGAACAUCAUCCAGAAUGAUGCAUCAGAAAAUGUCUAUUAUGUUACUCUGCGUGAAGAAAUAAAGUUGAGAUGGCUUGUGUAUUUUAUUCCAUAUUUUUUUCUAUACUUCUGUCGACACUGACUUUAUUUUCUUUCAAGAUUAAAUUCUAUCAAAUUUUCUUGGUGCCUAUGUGAAGUAUGAAAAAAAUAUGGAAAUUAUGCCUGUAGGGCCCUAAAGUUUGCUACCUCAAAGAGGAAGAUAUUUGAUGCUUCGUACAAUUCAGCUCUGUUUUCAAGUAUAAUUGAUGUAAUUCCGUCCAGAUCUUUUCCAUAUUUGGGAAAUGUCUUAAGAUGCAAUACGAUUUCAAAACACAUGUUGUAGCUUGAAUGUAUAAGUUGUGUGCACAGCAGGUUUUUAAGAUGCCAUUCAGCUCACUUGCCGCCGUCACGACUGCACAACCUUAUUGAAGAAGUUGAGAAGACUCCUUGUGACUUAAUGUACCAUCCUGUCUCAAAUAGAGUAUAAGUCAGUGCAAAUGGGCUAGGCUGUCUGGAUGGGAAGAUGGGUUUACUACGAACUCACAUUAUACUAGUUUUAUCUGUUGAUGUAAAUCACAUUUUAUAUUUAUUUUGAUUGUGGUCUAGGUUUCCUAGAUUAGUUGAAGUGACACAUGACACAAGAAACCAGUGAUGUAACUUGUAAUGCCAACAGGUUUGACAACCACAAUGUACUGUGAUUUGUAAUUUAUUAAUUUCGUGGCGUAUUUCACUUGGAAUAAAUUGUACAUAAAGAUGUAUUUAGAGAA